AUGGAGCUCACAGGCCUGAAAGCAGAGAACGUGGAGGAUGAGGGCGGAUACACCAUGAUGAGCAUCUAUCGACAAACCUCCAUCAGGGGAUUGGCAGGAUCAGAACCAGGUCCCCAGGCUCCAUCUUCCUUGUGGCGUCCAGUCGCUCUGGCUUUGCUGGUUCUGUGUCUGCUGUCUCUGUCUGGGGUGGUGACCUUGGGGACCAUGAUCAUCAUGCAACAAAACCACUCAUCAAUCCAGGAUGGAAAUGUCUCUCAGACUCUACAGCAACUGGCCAGAAGAUUCUGCCAAGAGCUAGUCGCCAAGCCCAGAGGCCACAAAUGCAACCCUUGCUCCUCUUCAAAAUAUCACCAAGGAAACUGCUACCACCUUUACCUGAGAAACAGGACCUGGGAGGAGAACAGGAUCUAUUGUGCCAGUAAGAACUACACUUUGGUGAAGGUUGAUAACCAGGAAGAACUGGCAUACCUCACCAGGAGCACCCACAAGAUUCGGUGGAUCGGAUUGUCCCGCACGGCCAACGACGCUCCAUGGACGUGGGAGGAUGGCUCAGUGCCGGCCGUGGAUCUGUUCCAAUUGUCAGGAGAUGAAGAAGCCAAACACUGUGCCUUGUUCCACAAUGGGAAGAUAGAAGCUGCAGGCUGCCAGGAAAAUUAUCCCAGUUUGUGUGAGAGUGUAGGAGGGAACAUUAAGAUUGACCUACUGCUUUGACCCCGGUCCCAGAGGGACAUAUGGAUGGACAGAGGGUGAAGGCUCCUGGGGCACCAAUCCAUCACUAAUGAGCAUUUACUGUGUGCAGAGCACUGUACUAAGUGCUUGUGCUAUCUUGUCUUCUGAUGUCGAGUUGUUUCUGACCAAUAGCUUCUUCUGGGGACAUGCGUCUCCCAGAAUGUCCCACCUCCAUCUCCA